ACCAUGUUUCAAGUCCAACACGUUUGGAGAAGACUUGAACCCUUUUAAUAUCAAAAAUCAAUGUGGGAAUAAUUACUUAAAAAUCAACCAGGAAAUGACUAGGAAGACGAUCUCUUUGCGAAAAAACAAGUUUGUUUUAAUCCCAUUUUUGAUAUUUUUUUAUUUUUUUAGCGGGAAACCUCUUCCCCUUCUCUUCAAUUUAUUGAUUUGUUGCGUGCGAAACUGACCAGCCGGUCAGAUUUUUGGGAAAAAAAGAAGGAAAGAGUGGAUGACGUGUAAAUCUGACCAGCCGGUCAGAUUUUUAAUGGGAAGAAAAAGAAAAGGAGUGGAUGACCACAAGAGGAGAAUAUUUUCUAAAUGAAAAUGCUUCAACUUUUAAAAUUCUCCUUACCAAAACCAAAUAUUUUUGCUUUUGAUGAAUACUUUAUUAAAGCUUUUUGGCGUUGGGGAUUGUUGGUUUAUUGCUUAAGAUGGCCUUUAUUGCUAUUACCUUUUUUGUUGACUGGAAUUUUAAGUAUUGGAUUUGUUUGGAUUGAAGAACAGACUACAAGGGACCCACUUUUUGUUUUUUCACCAGAAAAUGCCCGUUGGAGGUAUGAAAGAGCUGUUUUAACUCAACAUUGGCCUUUGGACGAACAGCAUUUUUGGCCUGGAAAAUCUUAUGAUUACAAUGGUUAUGUGGAUGUUAUUGCUGCUGGUAGAAGAAGAAAAUCUAAUUUUGAUCCGGAAGGAGUGGCUAGACCAAAUAUUUUGCUGAGUGGAUAUUUGAAUGAAUUGGAAAGGAUAAACGAGUAUAUUAUUUAUAAUUUAACUGUGCCACUUCAAUUACCCAACAACAAUCAAACUUUACAAAUUUCCUUUACUGAUUUGUGUAUGACGUAUGCCUGGAAAUGUUAUGAAAAUGAGCAUAUUACAAUGUUACAACCUAAAGGGCAUUGGACUGGAAGUGGGGGGUUUUUAAAAGCUGAAAUUGUUGAAUUGGCUAAAGAUAUUAUUGAAAAAGAGGUCAAAAUAACAUACCCAAUAGGUUGGAGAGGUACCGAACCUUUAUAUUUUGGAGCACUUGUUGGAGGUGUACAUUUAACUGAUUCUGAAGGACAUUUUAAUUAUGCUAGUGCUAUUCGUUUAACUUAUAAUGUUCGAGAUGGAAAUUUAAUUGGUCAAGUUAGUGAAAGGUGGAGGAAGAAAUUGGCCGAGUAUUUGACUGACAAAAAGGAACCUGCCAGUGAUUUACUUGAAUUUGGUCUUUAUCAUAAUAUGAGCUUACCUGAAGGACUUCAAGAUGUAGCAGAUACUUUAAUGCCUAAAUUUGGUGGGUGUAUAUUUGUUCUUUUUUUAUUUUGUAUGGGUUGCAGUAUCGUUUUGCUUAGCGACACUUCAUCUUCUGGAAAACAAACAAUUAUUGGUAUUGACUGGACUCGAAGUAAACCUUUACUUGGAUUAGCUGCUCUUUUGUGUCCAUUACUUGCUACUUUAAGCGCUUUUGGUUUAUUGCUUUGGUUUGGUUGUUUAUACAAUGCUAUUGUUAAUGUUAGCCCUUUUAUUUGUCUAAGUAUUGGAAUUGAUGACGCUUUUUUAAUGACGGCAGCUUGGCAUAGAACUUGUCCUGAACUGAAAACUUCGAAAAGACUGGCUGAGGCUUUAGCAGAAGCUGCUGUAGCUAUUUCUAUUACUUCUUUUACUGAUAUGUUAACUUUUGGUAUUGGCUGCUUCACAACUUUACCAGGAGUUCGUUUAUUUUGUAUGUACACAUUUGCCGGAGUUACUUUUACUUAUAUUUAUCAAAUCACCUAUUUUUCUGCUGUAAUGGCUUUUGCUGGAAAAAUGGAAGAAUUUGGGCAACAUUCAAUUUUCCCUUUUUGUCAAACUAUUGAAUUGGAUAAAGCUAAAACAAAUUUUGAAAAAUUAACAAUUGUUGGAUCAUCUCCACGUAGUGAAUGUGAAAAAGAAGAGAAACAGGUUGAUAAUGUUUGGUUAGUCAAAUUAAAAAAAUGUUGGAAUGAAGAGAAGAAAAUGAAGGAAAUUGAUAUGAAUGAAGAAGAAGACAAGGACUUAACAACUAGAACAGCAAAACAAACUUUUGUCAAUCGACUUUUCCGAGAAGUUUAUGGCCCUUUUCUACUUAACAAAAAAACCAAAUUGUAUAUAUUUUUGUGUUAUUCUCUUUAUUUAUUGUUUGCUUUAUUGGGUGUUUCGCAUAUGGAAGAAGGACUUCAUCCAAAAGAAUUGGUUAAAUCUUCUUUUUAUUUGACUGAUUUUUAUGUUUUAAUUGAUGAAACUUUUUGGAGAGAAGGUUUGGAAUUUUGUAAUUUUUUUUUGAUUUUUUUGGGGGGAAUAUUGUUUUGCCUUCAAUUACAAGUUGUUGUCAAUAAUCCUCCAAAUUUUGUAAAUUUUACUCAACGUCAAAGGCUCAAUCACUUAGUGUCAUCAUUUGAGGAUACAGAAUUUACAAUGAAACAUAAUGCUACAAUGUUUUGGUUAAACGCUUUUGAUGCUAAAAUAAAAGAGGAUUUGAUGGAGAGGAAUAUUUCUGAACCGAAAACUCUUCAAGAAUGGCAUCAACGCUGUCUUGAAUGGCUCUUGUCAGCUGGAGGUCGUCGUCUAUGGGAAUUGGAUAUGCACUGGAUUGAAGGAUUCCUAGUUGCUUUUAGAUUUCAAAUUGGAUUGAGAAAUUAUAGAACCCCCACAGAACAUACAAACGGAUGUCGUUUAAUGCGUUCAAUAGCUGACUCUUUUCCUGAAUUUAAUGUAACGACAUUUCAUGAAUAUUAUCCAUUUUCUGAUCAGUAUAUUGAACUCAAACCUGCUUUAUACCGCAAUUGUUUAAUAGCAGUUUUGUGUAUGGGUUUUAUUGCUUUAUUAAUGAUUCCAAGUUGGCCAGCAGCUUUUUUCAUUAUUGCAGCUAUUGUUUCUAUUGAUAUUGGUGUUAUUGGUUAUAUGUCUUUAUGGGGAGUGAAUCUUGAAAGUGUUUCAAUGAUUACAAUCAUAAUGUCCAUCGGUUUUUCUGUUGAUCUUUCUGCACACAUAACCUAUGCUUUUGUAAAAGCCCCUGAAGGAUUGUCGUCAAAUGAACGAGCUAUUGCUGCGUUGGAAACACUUGGUUGGCCUGUCUUUUUGGGCGCUUUCUCCACAGUUGUUGGAAUUAUGGUUUUAACUCUAGUAGAUGCAGUGAUUAUUUUAAUCUUCUUCAAAACUGUUUUCCUUGUAAUUAUUUUUUCGUUGCUUCAUGGAAUUGUUUUUCUCCCAAUUUUACUAACUGUUGCAAUGCCUAAUGAAGGGUGUGUUUGUCAGAAUGAAGAAGAGAGGAAAUAAAAAUGUAUAAUUUUUUGUUUUGCAAUUCUUAUUUUGUAAAUAAUGUAUUCGUUUUGUCUUCAUAAAAUUAUGUCUUUUACUUGUUGUUUUUGUAGGUGAUCUUUUGUGUUGCCUUCUAGAUGAUUUUUUGUAG